CAAAGGCAUUUUCCUUCUAAUCUCCGAGUGUCUUGGCAGUCCUUUUUUCUGUCUGUGGAACAUUCUAGGCAGGAGAAACUAUAGCUAUGUCUUUUACCGGAGGUGUGUGUGUGAUAACAGGAGCAUGUGGCUUUCUUGGUGGAAAGCUAGUUAAGCUGCUACUGGAGGAAGAGAAUCUUGAAGAGAUUCGACUGUUGGACAGAUGUAUUCGACCUGAACUCAUACAAUCACUAGAAGGUUGCCAGGGUGAGACAAAACUGAGUACGUUUGAAGGAGAUAUAAGGGACAGUGACCUGCUGAAGAAAGUGUGUAAAGGAGCAUCCAUCAUUUUCCACACUGCGUCUCUUAUCGAUGUCAUUGGAGCUAUUAACUACAGCGAACUGUACGAGGUGAAUGUGAAAGGUACCAAAUUACUCCUAGAGGCAUGUAUCCAGGAGAGCGUUGCUUCCUUCAUAUAUACCAGUAGCAUUGAGGUUGCUGGUCCAAAUCAUCGUGGUGACCCUAUCAUCAAUGGCAACGAGGACACAGUGUACAACUCUUACUUAAAAUUUCCCUACAGCCAGACCAAAAGAGAAGCUGAACAGCUUUGCCUUGAUGCCCAGGGUGAAAUUCUUCCAAAUGGAGGCCGGCUGGCUACCUGUGCUCUCAGGCCGAUGUAUAUAUAUGGAGAGGGCUGCCGGUUUACUUUAGGCCAUAUGAGGGAUGGAAUCCAGAAUGGUGAUGUGUUAUUGAGGACUUCACGACGUGAAGCUAAAGUCAAUCCUGUAUACGUGGGAAAUGUGACUUUCGCGCAUCUGCAGGCCGCACGAGCCCUGAGGGAUCCAGAGAAGAGAACUGUGGUUGGUGGAAACUUUUACUACAUCUCAGAUGACACUCCACCCGUGAGCUAUUCUGACUUCAACCACGCUGUUCUGUUACCACUCGGCUUUGGCAUACAGGACAGACCCUUCCUACCUUUCUCCAUUCUGUACCUCGUCUGCUUCCUCAUGGAGGUGGUCCAAGCCGUGCUCCACCCCCUUCUACGCUUUACCCCAGCACUGAAUAGGCAGCUUUUGAUAAUGCUAAACACACAUUUCACCUUCUCUUAUCAAAAAGCCCACCGAGAUCUGGGAUACGCCCCUCGUUACAACUGGGAAGAGGCACGUAAAAGGACUACAGAUUGGCUAGCGUCGGUCUUGCCCAGAGAAAGACAACAAAUGAAUAUGAAAUAAUAAUAAAAAAAAACCCACAAUGGUGUACUUUUAUCUUUUACUCAGUUUCAUAUAGAAUUUGGCUGCUUUAAAUCUCAUUCCUGUAAACAGGUAACUGCAAAUAAAGUCAAAUCUGUUUAGAAGCCACAUGCAAAAGUCUAAAAUCUUAAAGCAGAAAAUAAUUUCUCGGAUCAUGUCGAGAAUCCUUUAAUUUAGCUAAACGAAGCUAAUUUGGUUUGUUGAAGAGUGUUUUUGUUUUGCUUUACUGUUUAUUUCUUUUCUUUUUUUAAAGUCAUGUUUAGUAUUCUAGUGCAGGGGAUCCCAAACUUUUCCAGGGCAAGGCCCCCCAAAUGGCCUUAACAUUUGACCGAGGCCCCCCUUUUGCAAGAUGUCUUUAAAACACAUUAAAAAUACAGUCUUCUGAA